AUGCAUUCUAUAAUUAAAUCAAUUAUCAAAUUUAAAAGUAAAAUCAACCAAUCAAAAAAGGAACCCAAUGAACAAAUCAUUCAUUCAAAACAUCAAUUUAAUUAUUCAAUAAAUAAUAAUGAAUUACAAAAAAAUAAAAAAAAUAAAAUAAAAACAACACGAAAAUCAUUAAUCAAUAGAUUACAUAAUAGGCAAUCAUCAAAUGAAAAACCUAUAAAUCAAUAUAAUGAUAAUCAAUUAUCUAAUGAUAAAGAUGAUCAUUUAGAUGUAUUAGAUAAUCAUCAACAAAUUAAUGAUCAACUUAUGACAUCAUUAAAAUUAAUUAAAAGUCUACCUAAUUAUGAAGAUUUAUAUCAUGAUCAUAAUAAUGAUAAUAUGAAUGAUUAUCAAGAAUAUAAACAAACUGUACAACAAAUUAAUUCUAUCUUAUCAAAUCCAAUAAUCAUUAAUCCAAAUUAUACAGUAGAAGAAUUAAAUAAAGAACUUGAAAAAUUCUUCCUAUUCAGUCAAGUUAAUAUGUUAACUCACAAUGCAUGACGAGCUAAAGUCUAAACGGGCAAAACAGAAUUGUAAAGAUGGCUUUAUUAUCAAACAAUCAACACAUUAUUUAACUUUGUAGGUAGACAAAACAACUGCUUCACUUGACUCAUGAUCCCAAAUAUUGAAAUAUGAUUUCGUCAUUUUAAUUGUUUCAUAUUGUUUUGUUUUUUCUAAAAUAGACUCAAAACAAAAAUCUUAACAGAUUCCAUGUGAGGGAUUACCUUGUGACGCAGUCGGGUGCUUUCGUCAGUGUGUGACCUACCUACUUCCAGCCACUCUUCCUGAUUUCUUCCUCCAUUGGGAUCUGAUUUGUUCUCCCCCAUAGUUGGUUGUUUGGUGAUAGUGUCUGGCAAACGGAUCCGAAUUAUUUUGCGUAGACAACUGUUAAUAAACACUUGUAUCUUCUGGAUGACGGCUUUCGCAGUUCUCCAAGUUUACGCUCCAUACGAUAGAACUGUCUUGACAUUUACAUCGACAAUCCUGACCUUGGUGUUGGUUGAC